AGUUUCCAAAACAAGCGCUCCCACUCGCUAACACCUCGCCGGUGACGUAAUGCCGUGUCGUCGACUGUGUUUAUGUGGUUUUUAACGGGCAGCUGCUAACUGGCGUUGUGGCACGUCUUUAAACAUGAUUUGAUUACACAUGUAGUAGGUUUUGAGGACAGAAAUGGCGGUGUGUGCACUGACCAUGUUGGAUGGCAUGGGAGAUGAGGUGGCCGCAGCAGGUGGUGUGUUUCUCCUGGUGUUGGCUCUUGUCUUGGCUUGGCUGUCGACACACGUGGCUGAUCGAGGAGACCAUAUAUUGGGCACCAUCCUCACUGUCGGGGCCCACGCCUCUCUUAUUGGACUGGGAGGCCACGACAGCUACAGCGGAGGGCCUCCCAGCUCAGACACCCCUGAACAGCAAGCUCCUCCACCUUCACAGGAAAACAAGCCCGAAGAGGAGGAGCCAGCAUCUGAGAGAGGAGAAAUUGAAGGAACAGGAGAGGGAGCUGCAGGAAUUGGGACAGAUCUGCUGCUGAACAUACAGACAAAGCAACCGCAUACUGGUAGAUACCACCCCAAUGAUGUGGAGGAUGAUGAAGUUGAGGAAGAGGAGGAGGAGGAGGAAGAAGAGGAUCUGCUGCAGGAAGAUAAAAAGGUCACAAAGCUUAGCUCGGUGUUGUCUAAAAAUGCCUCCAACUCCACCAACACUAGCAUUUCUGUUAGAUUGAAAUUCCUAAAUGACACGGAGGAAGUGGCUGUUUUGAAACCACAGGAUACAGUGGGAGUGCUGAAAAGCAAAUACUUCUCAGGUCGGGAGCGUCAGAUUAAAUUGAUCUACCAAGGGCAGUUGCUACAGGAUCCCAAAAGGACUCUGUUGUCCCUAAACAUCACGCACAACAGUGUGAUCCACUGCCACAUUUCCCAGACGCUGCAUGAUGCCAGUCCAGAAGAGGGGGCUCCAUCUGGGACGGGCUCGGGAGUCGGGGCAGGGGUCUCUGGAGGAUUCAGGGCUGCGGGUUUGGCCCUCAGUACCAGCAGCCUGGUGGUGCCUGUGUUUGUGGUGAUACUGGCUGUCGUGUGGUACUUCCGAAUCAACUACCGGCAGUUCUUCACAGCCCCUGCGACCAUCUCCCUUGUGGGAGUCACUGUGUUCUUCAGCUUCCUGAUCUUUGGGAUGCACAGCCGCUGAGAGGCAGAGAAGGCUGCUGCAUUACAAUAUAAGGAAGUCUUUACUUGCGUCUGAAUGUUGGCAUUCGUGUGAGGUAGAACAAAAAUAACAACAGCCGUAGGUGGCGUCUGGAGAGAGGCGGGGACUAAUCAAAAGAGGCCUUGGUGCAGAUGCCACAUAGCUGACUGGAUUCCUACAGUGCGUGUGUGGGUGUGCCUGUGUUUUUGCAUGCAUCAAGAAAACAAAAACAUGAGAGAUUGUACAGUAUAUAUGGAGAAAACAAUAAUCUGCAGUGUGUGUCUGUAUGAGGUUCAGGUUAAACUGAGCUGCAACUUUGCUCAUAUUAAAACAUGACUCAGCAAUUAAAACCCUGCUAAUGUCAGUGUCUGGUACGUUUGGCCAAUCAUUUUGGCUUUAUGUAGUUUGCUCUUCGAUUACUUCUGGGAUUAGGAUGAUGCCGCCCUGUGCAUCAUUGACAAUUAUUUUAAUUUCAUUCACUUGAGGAUGUAUUUUUGUUCUUGAGGCAGGCGUAAGAAAAGCAUCUGCAGAAUAGGAGAACCAAGUCAUAGUUGCAAGAAUCUUGACUCUUGCACUUUGAGAACCACUCAAUGUUGUGCUGUGUGCUGGUUAGACUCUCUUUUGCAUUUUUUGUUCUUUUAACAGUAUGAUCUCUCUGUAACUAAACGUGGACUGUAACAGCUGCAUUAUUGCAGGGCAGGAAUUUCCUAAGUAUCUCUGUUGCUUGAACUACGCAACUAUUUAGAAAUAGAAUAAUUUAAAAAAAUAAUUAUCACUAGACAUUACAAUAAACACUGUUUUUUUGAGAAGAUAAUGUAAAUAUGUUGUGUAUUUACUGUAAAUAAAAUGAUAGAAUGAAUCAGAUGAAUCUGUCUCUGGCACUUGAGGAUUUGAGGGAGCCAUAGUGACAUCAGAGGCCGGCACAAGGAGCCUCUUUUAUGCCCUCUGAUCUCUGUUGGACUGUUCUGGCUUCAGUGCUGACUCAGAUUAAAGCAUUUCAAACCAAA